CGCAAGAUUCCGGCAGCGAGAUCGCGUGUGACAUCACCCUGAUCGAGAGACUUAUACGCUCGCAUCCGAUCUGGUUCCUACCUGGCAUUCAAAGAGCCGGUGCUUUCCACUUGUUGCAAGGCAAAGAAGAAGGGAACUUCGUGGUCCGGCAAUCAAGCCAGAGCGACACGAUGGCCCUAUCUGUGCGGUUACCACCAGGAAAGGGGCCGUACAUCGAGCACUACCUGAUUCAAGCCAACAAGGGGAAGUUGAGCUUGGAGACCAGCGAGAACAGGUUCGACAACAUCCCCUCGCUGAUCGCCCACUAUUGUCAGUGUUGUGAUGAAUUGCCAGUCCAAUUGACACUGCCAAGGGCGAUGCGCGAUGCCAAGAAUAGGCAACAGCUCUCUUCCUUAGCUCUUCUGGGUCAGGAAUUCUGGAGAUACCCGAUGGCAAAUCCUAAACCGCCGGAGAGCAGCAGCAGCAACACGUCUAGCUUGAGCAGUUUCCGGGGUGGUAACAAUAACUUGAAUAACAACAAUAACAAUAUUCAUACACCGACGACAGAGAGUAUCGUAUUAAAUUUGGCGCCCAUCUCGUCGCACGUUACUCGAAGCUCGUCGCCUACGGGCGCCUUGACGACGACGACGACGUUUGCGUCGUCGCUGCCUCGACAACCACGGCCAACGCCGCCCAACACCUUGAAUCUGACAACCUUCAACGAGCCUCUGGACCUGAAGAAAGAGAAAACCUCACCGAGCGACAAGCUGUCCCAAAAACUGAUUUCCCCCAACUUGGUUCAAAGCGUUCGUUGCCCUUCGCCCGUGGUGCACAACGUGGAGAGUAACGUUCUGAGUCCAGUUCAGGACACGAAAGUCAGAUUCGAGUCGAAGACCACGGCAGAGACCUCGAAAUCAACGGUGAUCGAGUUAUCCAGGACUAGAUUCUCCUCUGUCAGCACUUCCAUGACGAAUUUCCAUCAGAACGUGUCGACGUUUAACAAUCUCUCUUGUACAACGUCGCCUGUGCUACCCGAGAUCAGGAAUAUCAUAACAGAGACUCAUACCACGGGGCAGAACGUAAAGACACCGCCCCCGCCACCUCCGAGAUGGGCAAAACCUGGAAUUGGACUGAGUCAGAAUAAUUUCAACGUCACUGCCACCGUGACAUUGAACGUGAAUCACAUCAGCGACGUUGGGAGUUCGCAGAACACUCCAUCGGAUCCGAAUACCUCUCUGCUAAGUCCGCAGAGCGCCACGUCGAACAAAUCCUUGACAUCAAACUUCUCUGUCAAGUCACCUUUAUCACCAACAACGCCAGUACUCUCCCCAAUGUCGAAGUUAGUCCCAAACAUGGGCUCCAAGACGCCCAACGUUCUCUCGCCGACUACACCGUCGAGUACCAGCAAAUCGAAACGAAGACGAGACCGAGAAGCACGAAAGAACUCGCAACACUAUCGAGAAUCCGACAUCUUGGAAUCGUACUAUCGAAGCUCACCUGGGGACAAGAUCUCGGACUACGAGGACAUUUGGAACACUACCGAUCAAUCGAACCAUUCCACCUGGUCUCCGAAUGAUAAACUAGCGAGAAACGACGGACCAGCGAACUCUCAGGAUCGACUGAGGAAUUCGAACGAUCGGCUGAUGGUCCCAGACAGAGUUAUAAAUUCAAAUUCAGAGAGAAAUUUCAACGAACGACUGCCAGCGAGCGAGCAGUUGAUAGUGAGGAACGACAGAAUGAUCGUGAGGAAUGACAAGUCAAUUGGAAACGAGAAGUUGAGUUACAAGGAGAUGACCAGUCCCGAGUUCAGCAGCUUCAAGCCUGUUCAGGAGGUGAAGCCUGUGGAGCAUAGCAAUGGCUCGCCCGAGGAGACAGGGAUGGGGAAGAGACCUGAUCUCUUGUCACGAGUUUCAGGCAGCACAAAUUCCUUAAACAGUCCCAGCACGGUGACGCCUCCAAGGAACAAACUGGGCUUGAUGCUAGCGAAAUCAGAGAGCAAUAGUCCCCUGACACCAGAGUCGAAACAGGGUAGUCCAUUUUACGCGGAACCAGCGGACGCGAUCGCACAGAACGCUGCAAUAAUACCGAGAAGACGACCCAGAAAUAAUCCAGCGACGAAUAAAUAUCGACAUAGUGAACCAGGAUGGUUGCAAACGCCAGUAGCCAAGAGGCUUGGCACCAAAGAGACGAAGAAGAUUCCACGUGCCAAGCCGGUACAACCACCAAAGAUCAGGACCAAGGUGUUCAAUGACACAUCCUGGACUGUUGACUCCAGUUGGGAAUUCAUCGGCAACGAUGGCGACGACUGCGAGCCAGACUACGACUGUGAUGCGGAUUUCGAGGGCGACAACGUGGCCAGAAAGUUUCCGGACGAGGAGUGCGACAGGGAUGUUGUUGGGAACACUUUGACCGUUGAGAGUAUCAUCCUCCAACGGUACCCAGAGUUGUUGAAAUCGCCGGACACGUCGGAGUCGCUGUACAGCGACAGGAACUCCUCGUACGAUAACGUCGAGAAGAGGAACGAAAGGGAGGAAGCUAGAGACACCAGGAAGGACCAAACCUACGACUCUUCUGAAUGGGAGACGCCAUUAGAGACAGACGAAAGCGACGUGGAGAGAAUGAAGAGAAACAAGAGCUUCAAAGAACGUUUGGACCCUCUUCUCUCUCCUCCUAGGUUGCAAGCCCUCAGGAACCGCGAUAACACGGGCACAGGCUCCACCAUAAGGUCGUAUGCCCUUCAAUUGGCUACCGACAAAACCACCACCUUCUCCCACCAUAUCGACAACUUCAUUCAGUGCACGAAGGAAGGGAAAGAAGCCAGUCCUCACGUGGUUAUGAGGAACAUUAGACAGUUCAUGUCCGGGAUGAAGAACUAUCUGUUGAAGCACGGCGAGAGGGAGUUCGAGAAGGAAGUGGAGAAAGAAAGGAUAAAGCUGAAACCAAAUGAAUUUUUGAACCUGGACGCGAUUCUGGAGGGCGUGAUGAUGACCCUGGUGCUGAAGCCGCUCAGGGAACACGUUUACAGACUGUUUAUCGAGCAUUACGUGGCCACUGGCUCGUUGCUAACUCUCGCCGAGAACAUCUAUCAUGCCCAAGGGAAACACAUUCAGGAUCUCGGCGUUCGACCAAAGAUCAUACCCCCAUCGGAAGCCAGUUUGGAGCUGAUCCUCAAAUACAUCGAUCGACUUCAAAAGGCGGAUUCACCUCUGGACAAGUUGGAGCACCUUCUCGGGGCCAUUUCGGCGAUCUUCAAUUCUGUGAAACACGCAAAUUCCGGUAAAUUCAUAACGCUAGGCGCCGACGACCUUCUUCCUCUUCUAGUUUGGGUGUUGGUUCGUGGCAAGGUUGUGGGCGCUGAGGUGGAGGCUGAGUACAUGUGGGGCCUGCUUCAUCCCUCUCUUCUCACUGGCGAAGGGGGAUAUUAUCUGACAACCUUGUCUAGCGCUGUUCACGUUUUGAAGAUGUUCAAGUCCAGCCAGGGAACGAUGUCCACUUUAAAUGUUUGUGGAACACCAGACUGUUCAUCCGUACUACGAAUCUUAGUGCCAGAUGAACUGCACGGAUCCCUGAACACCAGAACGUUGCCUGUACGACCAAAUAUGAACACCAGAGAGAUUUGUCGCAUCCUCGCGCAUAAGAUCAGGUGCACUAACCCCCAGGACUAUGGACUGUUCAAACUGGUGCAAGGGGAAGAAACCUUACUCGGUGACCACGAAUGUCCACAAGAGCUCUCUCACUGCCUUUUCGCUUACAAGAGGAUUGACGCGAAGAUCGCCUGGCCGAAGACCAGUUCUUAAUCUUAGGACGAACGACGAAACUAACGAGUUUGAAGCACCUGUUCUUUGCUCUUGUUAGUUUCAUUGCUAGCACCGUGUUUCCCUUCCAAUCGCCACACUUCUUCGCACUUUUAGACUCAUAAUGGAUUUCGCAAUAAACUACUGAAUUUUUUUCUAAUCUCGAGCACAAAAACCUCCUCGGUAAUUGUAACUCUUAGGAUAUAUAUUUCAACACUGCCAGACGUAGACAGCUUUCGAUCGACGUAAACAGAACACAAGAAAAGGAAAAAAAAAAAAAGAUUCCCUUGAAAGCGACCAAAGUUUAAUUUAAGAGAAACGAUUAUUGAAUCUUGCAUUUUUUAUUUGCAAAUCGUGUUAACACUAUGAGGAUCGGUGUAGCGUCAUGUAAUUUUUAGCGUUUAGUAAUCGGUGACGUGACUGUGGCGUCAUGUAAGUUUCAGCAUUUAAUGAUCGACGAUUAUAUAUAACGUCAAGUGAUUUUUAACGGUUGUAAAUUAUUUUAACGAAAUGCGCCGCCUCUUUGUGAAAGUCAUUCCUGACUGGCAGCCGGUCGUUGUAGUGUUAAUCUAGAUCUAUAUUCUCCUUUAUAUCGAACGUUUAAAAUUACUACGAUCGUCAAUAAUUUGAUUGGUCGCUUUUUAACACGUUGACUGCCGCGCAAAAUUCAUGCGUUUUUCCUAUGGGGUAUUUAAUUUUUCUAAAAUAAUGUAUUACGAUAACAAUACAAUAGAAGAGCAGUUUUCAUUUUGUAGCAUGUAUCAUUACGUUGUCUGUAAUAUUUCUUCCAGUGGUAUUCAUCAGUAAUCGUGGCAGUCGAUGUAUUAACAGGCAGGUGCUAGAGCAUCGAAUCGGAUGGGAUGAUCGAUUUAUCGGCACUGAACAAAUUUCCGCCGAACGACCGCUUCUUAUUCGCGAACGCGCGAAUGAAACGAGAUGAAGAAGGAUCGUGUAUUACUCAGUAUUCUGAUAUUUUGCGAAACACUUCGAUAAUAAAGCUACCGAUUAAGUCUCGUCGACGAACGUAGGUUUCGAAUUGGAGAAAAUUAAAAAAUUCUUCACGAAAAGGAAUGCAAGGUUCUGGACCUUUUGUAAACGCGUCCUUCAAUCUCGAAACCUACGUUCAGACGAAAAAACAAUAUACAUUUUUUAUGGGAUGAAGUCACUGAAAUGGAGCAACCAAAUAUCUCUGUAAUGUUUCCUUAGGUAGAUGAAAUUAUUCGAUUCCCCUUUUAAAAAAUAUUUUUAACGUAUUUUAAAUUUCAAGUACUUUUAAACGAUUGACGAUGCUAUUCUGACACUGGAAUUCUACAUAUUUCACGUAUAAAUCAUUACAAUUAAAAUAAGUAUGUCCAUACAAUCAAUAUCAAUCUAAACAGAAACCAAUAUUACUUUCAAUCUUUUAAACCUGAAAUUCAUCGUAUUGACAGGCUUGAUUGUUCUAGUAUUAAUAUUUAAAAUUAAUCGUUCGUUUGUGUGUCUUUCAUUGCAUUCUAUGUUUUAACAACAUUGUGAAAAAAAUCAAUUUUCAUCUCGAAUGAAUUACUUAUGCGCAUGCGAAGGAAGUUAGAGAUAUUUUGGAUGAUCUUUGUCAGGGGUGAUUCAAGCCUAAAGUAUAACCGAGUAAAAAUCAUCAGCGAGGGAAAUAUCCCUUUCGAUUACAAAUUUAACAUUAGACUUAGGAGCACGAAAGACUAGUUUAGACUCUAUUUUAAGUACUUUCUCGGCGAGACGUUGGCGGAUUAUAACAAGCAAUCUGUACUUUUAGGCGAACGUCGUAUAUUUAUUGGGAAGUUGUACACAAUAUUUUACUAUCAUUCGUCGGAUGUUUCCUUUUUUUUUGUGUGUGUGUCGCGUGUGUGUACAAGCGCGCGUGUCGCUUCUUCCUUUCUCCGAAUCUGCCAGGCUGAUUUGCUCACCUAAAUAUUAUUAUAAAAGGCUGUGGAACUAAUUAAUCUCACUCUCUAUCUAUCUCUCUCACACUCUCACUCUCUCUCUCCAGAAAUGAACAAUCGAAUAACGAAAGCAAGAGUUCUUCGUCACACGUUGCGGUGUGUGUGUGUGUGUUUUUGGAGGUUUGCACGGAGGUUGAGAUAUAAGGGUUGGGAGGGUAAGUCGUGGAGCGAAUAUUUUACUACUAUGAAACUCUCGUACAAAUCAGCCUUGCAAUUGUUAUUAUUGUCUCUUAACGAGGAAACGGGCAAAAAAAAAAGGGGGGGAAAGAAAAGAUGGAAAAAAGAAAAGGAUGAGAAGUAACACGGUGUAUGUGUAGCCCCUCGACGAGUACGUGUAACAAUAAUAAUUACUUAGCGAUUUAUAAAUGUAUAAAUUUCUCCUUUAUAUGUCGUAUCUAAUUUA